UUCAUCUCAUGUAAACAAUAACGUGGCGCACAGCGUGACGUGAAAAAAGGCACAUGCCUUUGACGUUGCUUGACGAACUCUGUUAUCCUCGUCCACACGUAAACGCAAAAAAGGAGCUUUAAAUAAUCUCCGUUUUCGGUGAAUCGCAACGCCGUUUACGUGUUGACGAAAAGCCUCUAACUAAGGUUUUCCACACAGGUAGCGUGCCCCGUUCCCUUCUGCUUUCUCACCUUCCACAAACUAUGACUUAAUGCUCCAAAAUAUCAACUAAACUCAAUAAGGAAUCCAAAACAAAUGUAUGUAGAUUUACAAUUACUAUACCAAUCACAGACCAACAAACACAGCAUAAGCUGUUCAUCCUUUUAACUUUUCCAGAGUUCUCUAAGUGUGUAAUUUCUUUUUUCAGACAGAUUGUCACAUCUGCCUUUUUAACCACUGUGGCAGUAAAAUAUUUUGUAGAAGAAUUUCAUAAAUCUUGUGUUUUAUUCUACCUCUGGUGGGAGUUGAAAUUUUGGCAUUUCCAUGGCACUGUGUGUGCUGGUGUACAGUAAACAGGUGAAAUGUGUGUAUUCGAGAUGAAUAAAGAUUGUGAGCAUCAUUUUUUUCCUUCUUGCAAAAGAAAUACGAUGACAUAGGGGGGAAAAAAAAAACUAGACAAUUAUUAGCCAGAGACAGUUGAGCGACCACAGUGCCAUUCACCUCUCUGUAAUAGAAUAACAGAUAAAGUUUAAUAGUCUCACCACUCAACAUUUGAACCCUCUGGAAUCUUUCUAGGUAAUAGAUCCUAAAGGCCUAUGUAGGAUUUUCAACUUUAAACUUUUCUCAUUAGUUUUUCUCUGCUCCCAUUCAUGCCCUACUGGCUUUCUUUAGUAGUAUUAUAUAUAGUAUUCUGGAAAAGGUUAAAAAGAAUCACUUUGCAUUUUGGAGCACUGGAUAGAAGCUCAAAUAAAAUGUUCCUAUGGCUUCAUAGAUUUCUGCAUAACUUUCAUACCAGAAAGACAAACUGAGACUGAAGUAAUGAAAGCUAACCUUUAAAGCAAUAGUUUAACGUUGAAAUACUGUAAAUUAGCCAAGAAUCAAAAACUAUAGCUCACAGCUCACGUUAUGCACUGAGAAGGAAAUAACACACCCUGCCAAAGUUCACCUUUCCAGUGGAUCUCAGCCUUUCACUAAAACUCUGACCUUCGUGUUUUUUAAUUACAGUCACUUAAACCUGUGAAUAAAUGCGUGACCAGUUACUCAUGCGUUCUCAUAAAGUUGCCUGCCACUUCUUAUCCCACCUUCACUUCUUCAGAGUCCCUUAAAGUGGAAAGGUACUCAGCUCUCUGUUGAAGACUCUGGAAUGUAAAGGGGAAGCAGGUUUUACUUUUAUGACUGCAACACUAUUUAUAUUUUUACAUUUUACUCUUGUUAAUAUUUGUUAGUCUAUUUUUAGUCUAUUUUUUAAGACAAGCGUCUGCCUACCAUGGAAGCUCUUAAUGGAACCAUUGAUCCAGCUUGUCUGAAGGGUCGUCCACUGGCUAUUGACAUGCUCAACCAGCUAGAUACAUUUGGAUAUUGCCUGUACUUCAUGCUCACCUUGAUGUCCUGUAUCUCCCUGCUUGUGUACCUGGAACAGUGUGCCUAUAUUUACAAAAAACUACCCUACCCCAAGAAGACCUUGGUCAUUUGGGUAAACGGUGCAGCACCAGUCAUUUCCACCAUGUCGUGCUUAGCCAUGUGGAUCCCGAGGGCAUUUAUGAUUACAGACCUGACAUCUAACAGUUAUUUUGCAGUUGUGAUUUACAAGAUCUUGCUUCUGUUGAUUGAGGAGUUGGGGGGCAGCAAUGCCUUUUUGGAGAAGUUCUCUGGUAAACCCUUUUGGAUCAGCACAGGACCCUGCUGCUGCUGCUGUCCAUGUUUACCCGACGUCCCCAUGUCAAGGCGAAUGUUAUUCCUGCUGAAGUUAGGCUCUCUUCAGUAUGCAGUCCUGAAAACGGUGUUCACUGUCCUGUCUAUAGUACUGUGGACCAAUGGCAACUAUGAUCCUGCUAAUCUAGGAAUCUAUGGUAUAACCCUUUGGAUUAGCCUAUUUGUUGGUGUUCUAACCAUCAUCUCCCUUUGGCCUGUUGCCAUUGUCUUCAUGAACAUGAACCGCUAUCUACGCCCACUCAAGAUUAUACCAAAGUAUGCAAUGUACCAAUUAACACUUGUAUUGAGCCAGCUGCAGACAUCAAUCGUUAACAUCGUGGCCUUGUACGGAAACAUCGCCUGUGCUCCUCCAUUAAGCUCUCAAGCCCGUGGAACCAUGCUUAAUCAGCAGAUACUGAUCAUGGAGAUGUUCAUCAUCACCCUGGUCAAUCGGUUUUUGUACCGCCGCACAUAUGAGGCAGUUGAGACACAUGACAGUGAAGAGGACACCACAGCGCAGCCAGAGGCUACUCUCAUGGAGCAUGAUGUCUAAAAAAGGACAGUGAAUCACUGUGUAUCACUGCUCUUUGACUAUGUAAAUGAUUAUGUAAGUUAAGAGAUCAUAAAGUAGUCUAACAUUUUACCUCAUUUAAGGAAAGGAGAGAGAAUUGUCUUUGUUUUACUGGAUUCAUAAGCACUCUUUGCAUUGCUUUUAGCCCUGUGUCUUUGUGCUUUUUCCACGGAUAUAUGUCAAUCUCUUUCUGAGUUCUGAUGUUUAUGCAUGAUAAUAGAUAGAUAGAUUCUGGGUACUGAAAGUUUUAAGUUAUGCUGACAGAAAUACCAACAAGGAAAAUCUCUUAAUUUGACUGACUUACAUUAGUUAUAGUAGAAUUGUUGUUUCUUGCAGAUGAGUAGAUGUAAACGGUGCUGUGCAGGACAUUUUCUUGGUCAUUAGAUGCGCCUCAUAUCGCAUUUAUGAUAAAGAAAUGCCAGUAGUAUCAAUCUUCUCUUGUCAUCAGUCUCUGCAAACAUGUAUGCAGUGUAUCUUUGUAUGCAGUUUCUUUUUUAAGAAGUUUUACCAUUUUUUUAGACAAUACUGGAGCUUUUUGUCACACUGGGGCAAAUGCACAGAGGGUGAGAGUUUUACGUUGGCCUCGAGAGAAGUGAAUAAAAACAACUUUUUCAUUUUGUUAACUAAUGUUUGCGUGUG